AUGCCUACUAGGUUUCCGUAUGAAGAUCUACGUGUUGCGACUGCUGAUUUCGCGGAAAGAAUUGGAAGAGGAGGCUACGGAUCUGUGUUCAAAGGAGUACUCGCUGAUGGAACAAGAGUUGCUGUCAAGUGUUUGGAUAAACUAGACAAAGGAAAGAAGGCAGUUCUAACAGAAGUCGAGACAAUUGCAAACCUGCAACACUCUAACUUAUUGAGGUUGAUAGGAUUUUGUUCAGAGAAAUCAUACAAGGUUUUAGUAUAUGAGUACAUGAGUAAUGGAUCGUUAGAUACUUGGAUUUUUCAAAAUGAUCAAAGACCUUUCCUUGAUUGGCAGACGCGAAAGAAGAUUAUACUUGACAUUGCAAAAGGGCUUGCUCAUCUCCAUGAAGAAUGUCGACAGACCAUAAUUCAUUUCGAUAUAAAGCCGCAGAACAUUCUGUUGGAUCCAAAUUUCAAUGCCAAAAUCUCUGAUUUUGGGUUGUCUAAGGCCAUCGAUGAAGGAACGGGACAAGUACAAGUUUCAAUGAGAGGAACCCCUGGAUAUAUUGCUCCAGAAUUGUGUAAGCUACCACCAGGACGUAUCACGGAAAAAAUUGACAUAUACAGCUUUGGAAUUGUUCUCCUGGAAAUAGUUUGUGCACGAAAAAACGUAGAUCACUCGCUGCCAGAAUCUGACUUCCAUUUAGUUAGAAUGCUGCAGAAUAAAGCUGAAGAAGAUAGACUAAUAGACAUUGUGGAAAAUGUAGAUGAAUGCAUGCAGAGUGAUAAGGAGGAAAUGCUUAGAAUGAUAAAGAUUGGUGCUUGGUGCUUGCAGGAUGACCCAGAAAGAAGGCCUCUCAUGUCAACGGUUGUGAAGAUAUUAGAUGGUGUAAUGGAGGUAGAUACAAACUUGGUGUAUGUGUUCUCACAUUCACUAAUAGCUUCUCCCAUUGCUAAUCACCACAUUUCUUCGGCACAGCUGCCAGCAUCUGUUCUUUCUAAUCCCAGAUAA